AUGGCAGCGAAGCUUCACAUGCAGGACUUGAUGAAUCAAAACGCACAGCGCGCCCUGCUGAAGCAGUCCAAGCAAGUUCAACGGAGGAUCUCCCAGUUCCGUGUCGCAAUGCGAGAAAUCACAGGAACGGCCUUCUUUGACGUCAUGAUCGCUUUGCUCGUCCUGGCUGAUACAGCCUGCCUCGUUCUGCAGCAGGAGUGGCAGUCAGAGGAUAGAAGCCUUGAUGAUGCUGAUCUCUUGCUGCGUGGCGCUUCAGCCGCCAUCAUCACAACCUUCGGAGUGGAAUUCCUAGCACGCUGCGUUGCUCAAAUUGGUCGUGGCUUCUCAUGGAUCCUCGUGAUGGACGGCAUUAUCGUGGUCGGAUCUUGCGUUGAGGUGUUUUGGUCAGCGCUGCAGCCUUCUUCGUCUCCAGCCUUGGUUUGGAUUCGCCCUCUGCGUGGACUGCGCCUCUUCCGAGCGGCUCGUGUCUGCGUCAAGCUGCUCCGGCGCUCUUCGUCGGCCGAGCUCGCGCUCAUGGGCCUCGCCAGGUCUGCUAGGCCAAUGCUGCUGAGUUUGGCACUGGUGGUCGUCUUUUUCUUCCUAUCCUCUGUGGUCAUGACUCUUCAGGUCCCCGGUGUGUUGGACGAGCUUGAAUCGGAGGAUGUCAAGCGAGAAGUGCUCGAUACCUUUGGGACCGUCUUCGACGCUACGGCUGCACUGGUGAGAGCCAUUGCUGGAUCCAACGAGCUUGGCCUGCUCUGCUUGAAAGUCUUCAAAGAGUCGGGACAUGAAAGGCUACAGAUUGCCCUUUUCCUCGGCACGGUCUUAGCCUUUGUCCUCCUUAUGGGCCUUUGCCUUUCAGGUGUCAUAUGUGGGGUCCUCGCGACCCAGUUGAUCAUCCUGAAAGGUGACGCAGAAGUCGAUGGCACCCACGUGAACUUUCGCAAGAACCAAUUGAUCGUUGGGAGUCUGGACAAGGCUUUCCGAGCCGCAGGCCAUGCCCCUGCUGACAACAUAGACUGGAACGACAUCCUGAGUGCAUUGGCUGUGCGCCUGGACAAGGCGACCAGUGUGGAGGCUGAGAGCGAGAAGGUGGCAAAGGAACUGCAAGGGUUGCUGGUUGCGCGGCCAGCAACCGAUGCUCCAGCUGUCGUCGAAGAGACAGACGCAGCGAAGGAUCUGAGCCUGGAGGAAUGGCAGGAGCGCAUGGAGCCGAUGGAAGAGGUCAGUUUGGAUGUCGAUGAGAUCGAGGAGCUCUCGAAGUAUCGCUGCACCCUUCAUGAGCAGGGGGUCACGAUGGAAGAUCUCAAAUCUGCUUACCACGAGAUGGCGCUUUUUGGUCCUGUCGGAGUGGAAGACUUCAUCCUGUGCGUCUUUAAACACACGUCGAACGUGACCACGCUCCCCAUCCUUUCGUUCAACCACCAGCAGAACAAGGUGUAUUCCCGGGUGCUUUCUCACGGGCUGUUUGUUGACGAUGGGCUGCGAGAAGUUCAGAGACGGAUUGGCGAGCUUCAAGCGCUCCUGCCGGACAUGAUCAGUGAAGCCCAGGCCGCCCACAAAGACCUCGCUGAGCUGUCAGCGCUGGAGGCCGGCCUGGAGCAGAAGAAAGAGGCCCUGCGAGCUCUGAUUGCUCAAAAGGAGCAGGCUACGGACCUCGCGGUCCCCAAAGAGGAGUUGGCUCAGGCACGCAGGGAUGGAGCGGAAUUGGACUUGAUGCUGAAGGACUUGGAAGAGCAGGUCGCCAGCCUCGAAGGACAAGGUUCGCAACCGCGCCCUGAUGUGACUGAAGUCGUCAACUCUUUGGCAGAUGAGAUGGUUGAGCAUGUCUGGCAGCUCGUCCUCCAGGAGCUCCAGCAAUCGGAGCGAGGCCCAGGCGCUGUGAGCCAUCUCUGA